GUGCGUCAGUCGCCGUCUCCGCUCUGCUGCAAGUCGCGUCAACGCUUCUCUACCGGCGUCAGCGGAUUGUACUGCCAGGGGUCAGCAUUUGACCUGAAGGGAUUACUGUUGUGUGUCACGACCACGCCACCUCUUGUGAUUGCGUGGAAGAGUCGUCAUCAAGGUGUGCGAUGACGGAGGUCUUGACAGAGAAGCUUUCGUGCUGCUACCGUCCAACUCAUCCAAGUCUUCUCAUCGACCACCGGCGAGGACGACAGCAGGCGAUGGAGUAAGGGCAGGAGCAGGACGAGGAGACACGUUAACGGCAUCAGUAUCAUCUAGCAGGGUGAUGGCGGGGGGCAACUCUCAACGCCUCCCUCCGCCACCACCUCUGCGACGAUUACCUGUUGUCUUGCGUGUCGCGGACGUGGUUGUCAGCUUUGGCAGCGUGCCGGCCAGGCAAGAUAAGGAAGCAAGUCGUGGCUUGACAACAGGAUGUCAAGCAAUGUGAAAUAACGUACGGGGUCGUGCAUACACACACACACGCACGCGCGCGCACGCGAGGGCGCAUGAGUGCAUUCUGAGUGUUUUAGUUAUCCUCAUCCCUCUCGACUCCCCCCUCCCCUCCGCCUCCACACCUCUUGCUGGAUAUGAGCCCGCAAAGCCGGAAACACCUUUGCGCAGCUUUGCCCCCGAAAGUGUUGACAUCCCAGAGCAACUGUACACAAGGGGGAGCGAAGAUAACAUAAACAAAAUCUCUGUUCUUCUAUCUUUAGCCCGCCUCCCUAUCUGACGGCGACUUGACGUCUAACGCCUCUUCGUCAUGCAGUACAGGGGGCAGGACUGGUGCGCCUUCCCCUCGGUUGCUGGUCUUGCGUGGUGCGUGGCAGUGACCUCCCUUCUCGUCUUGCCCUCUUGCCAGUUCAGUGUGGUGGAUCGCCAGCAUCGCGAACGGGAUGACGCUACUUCCGCUGAAGGAAAGCUGGUCCGCGCCGAUACGCUCACGCGUAACCCUCGCCACCCAGGUCUCACUACACGAGCACCUCUGACCCCUGACCCUGCAGGCCAGCGCGCGCCGCGGCUUGAAGCGGCGCCUGACGUCAAGGGGCCGAGCUUUAGGGAAACUCUCGCCACUUCUCGUGCCGGGCUCACAGCGCGAGGUACCGCGCGGCCGCCGAGAAGGAAGCGAGCCGACAAGCCCGCAGUCCCUGCGGCAGAGAGCGGCAAUCAGCGGACGAGAGCCGCAGCCAGCUUGAAACUUUUCUCAACUCCUCCUGAAACGUCGCCCCGCGGACGCCUGACCAACUACGAUCCGGACACCUUUCCGGCGACCUCCGACUUUCCCGAGGACCUUGUGUUCCCUAAGGUAGCUGAGCUCGACCUCAGCGACAGGACCGCCGGCGCGGCGAAAGCCGUACGGUUCGAGGCCCUCCUUCAACAGGAGGAGGCACAGCAGCAACAACAACAGCAGCAACGCGGAAGCGGCAGCGGCAGCGGCGCGGAGCCUCAUGCGUCCAGAAUGGUUCUGACCGCCGUCAGCACCAUCGCGGCAGUCGUCGGCGUCUGCGUCAUGGCGGCCAUCUUCCAGUGCUGCUGCCGCAAGAAGCGGCACGGAGGGGGUGCGGCAGAGAACCGCGGCGGGCAGGCCGCGGAAACGGAGAAGGAUCGGCAGGCCGGCGACAGCAAGAGAUCGCGAUCCAAGUCGCCCUCGCCCCCAAAGACGCCGACCAAGAAUGAGGACGCGGAGGUCAAGGGUUUCAGGUACCGGCGGUUACUGUCUGAACAAGAUAAACUUUUGGAGGAUGAUGAGGACCUUGGAGACUUCUCUAUGGUGCAACGAGAGACUGAAAUUCUUCGAUCUUAUCGGAAACCACCUCCUCCAAAAAACCGAGCCAGAGCAAGCCGCGUCCCACGUGCUCUGAAAUCAGUGGAACCCAAUGCCAGUCCAGAUGUGUUUCAAGAACUAGUGGAGAGGGAGGACCAGGAAGCUGAAGAAGCCGCUGAGCUGGCGAUGCAACAUGCACCUAAACCGCUAUCAAAGAAAACCGAACCAUAUGAUGGGGCCCCAAAUGGUGGACACUCAUCGAUGUUGGCAGAUAUUGACUCUACCAUUGCAGCAAUCCACAGAGAUGAGGAAAAGGUUACUGGCUCCAGAGCAUCACCAGCAAAGGAUGAGCGGGAAUCAAAGGAGGCAUUUUUGGAGAAAGUGCCCAUUUCUAUCGCACAGAUAGAAGGGAGCCCACAGGUGCCAAGGCCAAAGCCUCGCACCAAAGAGGGUCUUGGGCGGACGCAAAGCCAAGAGGAAAUGGCACGGUCUUUGGCACAGGAACUUUCCAAGGCUAUCAGCAAGGAAAAUCUUUCUAGACACCACAGCAGCAAAAGCCCAUCACCCAGACCUCGUAGCAAGGACACAUCACCAAAAUCAAGAAGCCCCGGAUCAUCACCUAAGCUUUCCAGCCAAGGUUCUUCAGCAUCAGACAGCAGAAGCAUACGAUCUGCUGAGGGUGAGGAGGCAUCACCAAAGGAAGUGACAUCGUCUAAUGGAUUUCCACUGGCUGGAAAUCACAGUGAGGACAAAAAGGAAACUGAAAGCCCUGGGGGUGCAGAGAAUGUUUUUGCUCUCGUUGAUCCAACAGUUAGCAAGGAUGCCGUAGGUGGUAAAAGCAAAAUACCUGUGAGAGCAGGUGAAACUGCUCAAGGGUCUGCUGCUGCUGCUUUACAACCAUCUGCACCAUUAAGGCAUAACGUAGGCAAAGACCUCAAGCGUUUUCCAGUUCCUUCAGUACAUGGUGAAAAGAUGGAUCAGUUGAUGAUUUCACUAAAGACACGCUUGAAAGAGGACAGUCCUAGUGGCAAGCAUGUACUUAACAAAAUUUCAUCUGAGGGGGAGACAACUGAUGACCUCGAUCCUCAAAGCCGUGAACGGGCCUACUCUGACCCAACAAAGCAAAAUGCAGACAAAACAAGCUGCAGGAAUGAGCAGACACACCUCUGACAUCUCUGUGCUAAUCCUGUGCAUGGCCUUUAACUGGAGUAUGCUGAUCUGCCUUCAGUAUGCACAUGACUGCUGCACAUAUCAACCAAAGUCAUCUGUUUAUAUGAAAAGGUCUUUGUUUCUGGAUGUUCUUUGUACACGUCUGUGCUCUUGUGUGCUGGAUAAACUUAGACAUGGCACUGCGUUUCUUGCUGGACUGUUCAGGAAAAUAGAAAACCCACAUGCAACACGCCAAGAAAAGAACCAUAAUAUUCAACUUAAAGUAUGGCAGACAGACCUGUUCAGUGUGUCAGGGUGUGUCAUUCAUGCUCAACAUCUGAUAAAAGUUCAGAACAGAUGGAGUGUGUAUGCACAAAGCAUCAGCUUCUUUGAUAAUUGCAAAAUUCAUGCUAUGGCUUUGAAUAAGGCAAAAGGCCACCUAGGAACAAUAAAAGCUUAUCAUGAUGAAGUGACUUAACUGCAAAAUUGAAAAAAUGUUUGCAGUUUAUAUUUACAUUGUCAACACAUGGGGCAGCUUCAAAUUUUUUGGAAUGGAAAAAGCAAGAAGUCAUGCUUGGCCAGCAUCAUUCUGCUUACAAGAUAAAUUUCUCCCAACUGGCCCUAAUGUGCACACAAGUUUGUUUUUUUUUUUUUAAUCUGUUUACAGCUGAUGGCUACAGACUCCUCAAAACUUUUACAGUGUUGACAGACUACUUUUACUUCUGGUUAUUUUUAAUGUGUGUGGCUUAUUGAAUGGGCACAUGACAUCAACUAAACCAGUUCAGCAUCAAGUACCUCAGCACUGAUAUCUACAAAUGUGAAUCAAUUCAGUGAAUGUUGUCAGUCAUUUAUCAUGUGAAGCAUGUGGCAGCAGAUAAACUUGAUAAAGCUUGCUUCUUGAAAGAUGACUGAGGAAAAUACUUCUCACCAGUAACCCCAUAGUGCUACCAGGAUUUGUUUUUUAAAUUAUGCUUAUAAUCUGCUUUCAUGAGAAGCAAGCAUUACUUAAGCAACAUCCAAUCUCUAUUGUUUCUUAAAGUAAAGCCCUAUGAAAUGUUGUAAUUUAUGGCCAUUUUGUGCUCUAAAAUGUAACUAUAGUGUUUUGAUGAGCUUGUUAUUGUGUUUAUGCAAGACCUUAACUUGUGCUGACUUCUGUCUUCCAAAAUUCUCCUUAACCUAUAAGUCUCAGAAAAGAAAAUCAUGAAAAUGUCCACAGAAAUUACUGCUUUUCAAUAACUAUAUCCUGUAGUUUGUUGAUCCUCACUUUACAAUCUCUUAUCUUUACAAGCUGUUAACACAGAUCUAAAUUUAAAAAGUCAAUGCAAAAUGGAGAUAACAUAAACAAAAAUAACAAAGAUGUAAUUAUUCACAUGUAUUAAUUAUAAAACAAUCCAAAGUAUCAGCUCCAUAGCUGACUUGUUAAAUAUUCUUCAGCAAUCCACCUGUGUAUGUGGGUGCUCCCCAUGCUGUAUAUAAAAUGUUUAUUCAGCCUGUAUAAUAGCCAGUUGUCAAGCCCAAUCAUGAUCAAUAUCAGGACCUGUGAUCAUCAGAAAAAUUCUGGGCUUUCCACACAAAAUCAAAAUAACUAUUUCAUCCACAUUAAGUGUAUCUUUAAAUGACUCAGUUUGACUGGAAUCACAAGAACUAUGAAAUUCCUAACCAAUGCUUCUGUCGUUUUCAUCACUUUAAUUAAAAAAAAAGGAGAUAGGUUAACACUCAGAAAUGCUGCAAUCAAAACGACUUUGGUUCAAAACUCUCAAGUGUUAAACUAAGUUAUUUGCAAAAAUGUGUUCAGUACUGCAUCUUGGAAUGCCAUCAUCUAGUCACAGCAAAAGGCUGCUUGCAACACAGCAAGUUCCAGUCAGCUGCUACCACUUCACUGCCUUUACAUAAACACCCAGCCCGAAGUGUCACCUCUUCAAUCCAGUUUAGUCCUGCUCAUCCCAGAUGCAUAAAAGCUUUGACUAAAGUGUAUAGAUUAGUUACUGGUUUGCCUUGUUGAUUUUGGUAAGAAAGUUCUUUCACCUAGAAAUGAUUGAGCUUUAUAAGGGAAAAGGAUAUGGGGAGUAGGGAGGAAACUAGUUCGAGAAGAAAACUCUGACAGCCACCCUGUGCUUAGAAAUUGAUGAUCUUUAGUCUGUUUGUCCAACCUGCUUGAAGAGCAAUCCCCAACUCACCAUCACAGGCAACAUUCCAUUUUAAAGGCUCUAAAAUUAAAUAAUAAUGAAAAUAACAGAUAAUUAUAAUGUAAGUCCUUAUGCUAGGAUAGCUUAGUGAUCAAUAUGCACUCACAUGUGGGCCCAAUCAGUGCACACACACACACAUCUUCAAAGGGUCAUUGGGGAAGUGUUUCUAAAAUUGUGCCUUUAAUCACAACAGUUCUAUCCUGUCCCUCAGAUUUUUUUAUUUGAAUUUCCUACUGUGACAAUGUAUUGCUCUCUGAUUUGAGCCAUUUGUAAAAAGAGGAUGGGGUCAACCAUAAUAAAAACAAUGCACAAAUAAAAGCCAAGAUAAACACUAAGUUACGUGGUUUCUACUCCAAGGGAUUGUGACACCAAGUUACAUGGUUUCUUCUCCAAGAGAUUGUAUGAGCCUAACACAAAAGUGAGUGACAUACAUAUACAUGAGAAAAAGGUGGAAAUCAGCUAUUACAAAAGACAUGAUACCCCACAGGUAGUCCCAAGUUCACAAAAUUAUUGGAGGGAAGUAUAGCACAGUUCUCUUCUCAAGAAGGAAAACAAAAACCUGAGAACAUUUAAAAAAUACACUAGUACUGUUAUCCUGCUUUUCUAUUCUGCUUUUGUAUACAAUUCAAACAGUGAAUUUGAAUGUUGUUUCCACUGUUGCUAAUUCAUUGCCUUGCUCAUUAUAGGCUACUUUGUACGGUGAUAACAUUUAGUGCCUUAACCUGUAUGUAUAUGCAUUAUUUGUCUUUUCUAAAAGCUGUUCUUCAGACGUGUUGUAUAAUUUGUAUAUGCACAUGUAUUAAAAGCUUUUAUAAAAUA